GGAAGGCCAGCUGUGCGUGGCCGGUGAAGAGAGGGUGGACGCACCGCUGUUUGCGGGUCCUCGGAGCUCGUCGCAGGCCAGGAGAGCCGAAUUACGUGAAGUAGUUAUAUCAAGUCAUCAAGCUCCUCAGAGGAAUUGUUUCAUCAUGAGAAAUCUUAAGUUAUUUCGGACCCUGGAGUUCAGGGAUAUUCAGGCUCUGGGGAAACCUCAGUGCUUCUCUCUCCGAACUGAACAGAAGACAGUGCUCAUUGGCUCAGACCAUGGACUGAUAGAAGUAGACCCUGUCACAAGAGAAGUGAAAAAUGAGAUUUCUUUAGUGGCUGAAGGCUUUCUUCCAGAGGAUGGAAGUGGCUGCAUUGUUGGUAUUCAGGACUUGCUGGAUCAGGAGUCUGUGUGUGUGGCCACAGCCUCUGGAGAUGUCAUACUCUGCAGUCUCAGCACAUGCCAUCUGGAAUGCGUUGGGAGUGUAGCCAGUGGUAUCUCUGUCAUGAGUUGGAGUCCUGACCAAGAGCUCGUGCUUCUUGCUACAGGUCAGCAGACCCUAAUUAUGAUGACAAAAGACUUUGAACCGAUCAUGGAACAGCAGAUCCACCAGGAUGAUUUUGGUGAAAGCAAGUUUAUCACUGUUGGGUGGGGCAGGAAGGAGACGCAGUUCCAUGGAUCAGAAGGCCGGCAAGCAGCCUUUCAGGUGCAAACGUACGAGUCGGCUUUGCCCUGGGAUGACCAUAGACCACAAGUGACAUGGCGUGGUGAUGGCCAGUUUUUUGCUGUGAGUGUUGUUUGCCCAGAGACAGGAGCCCGGAAGGUCAGAGUAUGGAACCGAGAGUUUGCUUUGCAGUCAACCAGUGAGCCUGUGGCCGGACUGGGACCAGCUCUGGCUUGGAAGCCCUCAGGUAGUUUGAUUGCAUCUACACAAGAGAAACCCAAUCAGCAGGAUAUUGUGUUUUUUGAGAAAAAUGGCCUUCUUCAUGGACAUUUUACGCUUCCUUUCCUCAAAGAUGAGGUUAAGGUAAAUGGCCUGCUCUGGAAUGCAGAUUCCACUGUGCUUGCAGUUUGGCUGGAAGACCUUCAGAGGGAAGAAAAUUGCACUCUAAAAACCUAUGUGCAGCUCUGGACUGUGGGCAACUAUCACUGGUAUCUCAAGCAGAGUCUGUCCUUCAGUACCUGCGGGAAGAGCAAGCUCGUGUCUCUGAUGUGGGACCUGGUGACCCCGUCCCGGCUGCACGUUCUCUGUCAGGGCUGGCAUUACCUCUGCUACGACUGGUGCUGGACGACUGACCGGAGCUCGGGAGAGAGUUCCAGUGACCUGGCAAACGUGGCUGUCAUUGAUGGAAACAGGGUAUUGGUGACAGUCUUCCGACAGAGUGUGGUUCCACCUCCCAUGUGCACCUAUCGACUGCUGCUCCCACACCCUGCAAAUCAAGUCAUGUUCUCUGCACACCCCCAAAAGAGUAAUGACCUUGCAGUCCUAGACGCCAGUAACCAGAUUUCUGUUUAUAAAUGUGGUGAUAGUCCAAGUGUGGACCCUACAGUGAAGCUGGGAGCUGUAGGUGGAAAUGGAUUUAAAGUUUCUCUUAGAACACCUCAUCUGGAAAAGAGAUACAAAAUUCAGUUUGAGAAUGGUGAAGGUCAAGAAGUAAACCCACUGAAGCUCAGCCUUCUCACCUGGAUUCAGGAAGACGUUUUCCUGGCUGUAAGUCACAGUCAGUCCAGCGCACAGUCUGUCAUUCACCAUCUGACUGUGGCCCCUUCUGAGAUGGAUGACGAGCACGGACAGCUCAAUAUUAGUUCAUCUGUGACAGUGGAUGGAGUCAUAAUCAGUCUGUGUUGCAAUUCCAAGACCAAGUCAGUAGCAUUGCAGCUGGCUGGUGGCCAGAUACUUAAGUACUUUUGGGAGUCACCCUCUCUGGCUGUUGAACCAUGGAAGAACCCCAGUGGAUUUCCUGUUCGGUUUCCUUAUGCAUGCACACAGACUGAAUUGGCCAUGAUUGGAGGAGAGGAAUGUGUCCUUGGUCUGAGCGACAGGUGUCGUUUUUUCAUCAAUGACACUGAGGUUGCUUCGAAUAUUACAUCAUUUGCAGUAUAUGGUGAAUUUUUGUUGUUGACAACCCAUUCCCAUACCUGCCAGUGUUUUUGCUUGAGAGAUGCUUCAUUUAACACAUUACAUGCAGGUCUGAGCAUCAGCCAUCUGUCUAAAGGGGAGUCUCUGCGGAAGGUGGAGAGGGGUUCACGUAUUGUCACCGUUGUUCCCCAGGACACAAAGCUUAUAUUACAGAUGCCAAGGGGAAACUUAGAAGUUGUUCAUCAUCAAGCUCUGGUUUUAGCUCAGAUUCGGAAGUGGCUGGACAAACUGAUGUUUAAGGAAGCAUUUGAAUGCAUGAGGAAACUGAGAAUUAAUCUCAAUCUGAUUCAUGACCACAACCCUAAGGUGUUUCUUGAAAAUGUGGAAACCUUCGUAAGACAGAUAGAUUCUGUAAAUCAUAUUAAUUUGUUUUUCACAGAAUUGAAGGAAGAGGAUGUUACAAAGACCAUGUAUCCUCCACCAGUUACCAGCACUAGCACUGUCCAGCCGUCCAAGGAUCCUGAUGGGAAAAAAGUAGACCUUGUCUGUGACGCUCUGAGAGCAGCCAUGGAGAGCAUAAACCCCCACAAGUACUGCCUGUCCAUACUCACCUCUCAUGUGAAGAAAACAGCCCCAGAGCUGGAGAUUGUGCUGCAGAAGGUACACGAGCUUCAAGGCAGUACUCCACCUGUUCCUGAUGCUGUGAGUGCUGAAGAGGCCCUGAAGUAUCUACUGCUUCUGGUAGAUGUUAAUGAGUUAUAUGAUCAUUCUCUCGGGACCUAUGACUUUGAUUUGGUCCUCAUGGUAGCUGAGAAGUCACAGAAGGAUCCCAAAGAAUAUCUUCCAUUUCUUAAUACACUUAAGAAAAUGGAAACCAAUUAUCAGCGGUUCACCAUAGACAAAUACCUGAAACGAUAUGAAAAAGCCAUUGGCCACCUCAGCAAAUGUGGACCCGAAUACUUCCCAGAAUGCUUAAACUUAGUAAAAGAUAAAAACUUGUAUAAGGAAGCUCUGAAGUUAUAUCCGUCAGACUCGCCGCAGUACAAGGAUAUCAGCAUUGCUUACGGGGAGCACCUGACACGGGAGCGCCUCUUCGAGCCAGCCGGGCUUGUGUUGGCCCGCUGUGGCGCCCACGAGAAAGCGCUCGAUGCCUUUCUGGCUAGUGGUAGCUGGCGGCAAGCUGUCUGCACGGCGGCCCAGCUGGACCUGACCAAAGACCAGCUGGCUGGCCUCGGCAGAACUCUGGCAGGAAAGCUGGUUGAGCAGAGGAAGCACAGUGAUGCAGCCACAGUCUUGGAACAGUAUGCCCAGGAUUACGAAGAAGCUGUGCUCUUAUUAUUAGAAGGAGCUGCCUGGGAAGAAGCUCUGAGACUGGUAUACAAAUAUAACAGACCAGAUAUAAUAGAAACCAACAUAAAGCCUUCCAUUUUAGAAGCCCAGAAGAAUUAUAUGGCACUUCUGGACUCUCAGAUAGCCACAUUCAGUCGCCAUAAAAAGCGUUUAUUGGUGGUUCGAGAGCUCAAGGAGCAGGCACAGCAGGUGAAUCUGGAUGAUGAGGUGCCCCAGGGUCAAGAGUCAGACCUCUUCUCUGAAACUAGCAGUGUCAUGAGCGACAAAUAUUCCCAUAGCAACUCCAGGAUAUCAGCGCGAUCAUCUAAGAAUCGCCGCAAAGCAGAGCGGAAGAAGCAUAGCCUCAAAGAAGGGAGUCCGCUGGAGGAUCUGGCCCUUUUGGAGGCACUCAGUGAAGUUGUACAGAGCACUGAGAAAUUGAAAGAGGAAGUAUACCAUAUUUUAAAGGUGCUCUUUCUCUUUGAGUUUGAUGAGCAAGGAAGGGAAUUACAGAAGGCCUUUGAAGAUACCCUCCAGCUGAUGGAAAGGUCACUUCCAGAAAUUUGGACUCUCACUCACCAGCAGAAUUCAGCUACACCUCUGUCGUGAAGAAGAUGGGCAAGUCAGACUGUUGCCCCUGCCUUCAGUGAGAUUGGAGUGGGCAAGUGGGGAGCUAGGGCCAGAGUUGGCCUCUCACCUCCCUGUUCAGACGUUGAAUGGUAUCAGAGUGUUUUAAAGUAACCCAGACAGAGGCCUCAGGGUUGCUCAGUUGGUUAAGCAUCUGACUCUUGAUUUCGGCUCAGGUCAUGAUAUCAGAGUCGUGGCAUGGAGCCCUACGUCGGGCUCUGCGCUCAGCAGAGCCUGCUUGAGAUUCUCUGUCUCCAUCUCCGUCUCCCUCUGCCCCUCCCUCCGCUUGCAUGCUCUCUCUCUCUCUCUAAAAUAAAUAAAAUCUUUAACAACAACAAAAAAAGAAACCCUUGUAGACAAUUGCUUUCUCUUUUGUUUUAUGGAAAAUUUGACUUGUCACUUCUACUCUGUUGUUAGGAGGAGCUUUGCUGCUCAUGUUUAAGGCAGUUGUGUCCUGUCAAGAAUUCUGAUGUGUUAUCUGUUGUGUGUACUUUGCUCAGUCUCUCACAUCUGAGGCCGAUUGUUAAAGAGUUUCUGUUUUGAUUCAGAAAGGCUGGUGUGUCAGGCACAGUCCAUUAAGGAAAACAACCACAGCUGUUAUUGUAACAGAAUUUAAUACAGGGAACUGGUUGAACAAGUAUUGGAGAACUGAAAGGUAAAAGGGGAACACAGAGAAGGAACGCUGAGAUAGUAACUAUGAGGGAACAAAGGAAGAGUUUGGGUUUACUAUAUUUUAGAAGCUUGGAGGUGGGGCCCUGCUGAGCUGGUUCUUGACCCUCUGAGAAGGGGUGCCAGCCAUCUGGUGGUGGGACUUCUGAGGGGGCAUGAUAGCUCUAAGGGUGGAGAAAUAAGGAAACUGGAAUGAAUGGCUGCUACCAGGGUAAAAAACCGUUGAGUGAAAGGAAGGAGCACAUUCCUUUUCCUCCAGCCUUGCACUCUUCCUCUGAUGUCUGCAUAACGACGAGCCAGCUGACAAAGGCGGAGUUUUUCUCAGGCUCCCAGUCCCAGCAUCACAAGCACUGUAGAGAAGGGUGGGUUUGGAGCCUGGAGAGAGACUGGUAUUGAGCUCACUGGUUAGAAACAUAGCAGCUCUACUGGGGCCUCGAUUUCCUCAGUUACAAAUGGGGAUAUACUUCCCUGUACAUUUCACUGGAAUGUUCUGAAGGUUAGAUAAGAGGGUAGUGAUGUAGGUACAUAUAGCAUACCUUAAAAAUAAAAGUUGAGAAUGAGCACCCCACAAAUAUUUGAAUUUACUAAAAUAGGUAUUUCCUAGAAGAAAUGUGAUCAUCUUCAAAACUGUAGUGGUUUUGAAGCUUAGCAAGUUAUAAUACCUCCUCAUGCUCUCCCCUACCCUCUUCUAUUCAGAUCAUAGUAAUUUUUAAAAAAAAUUUUUUAUAUAUUUUUUAAUUUUUAAUUUUUUUGAUUUAAUUUUUGCUUAAUCUGUUUUCUGGGGUAGAACUUAGUGAUUCGUCACUUACAUAAUUUACCCAGUGCUCAUAACAACAAGUGUCCUCUUUAAUCCCCAUCCCCCAUCUAGCCCAUCCCCCACCUACCUCCCUCCAUCAACCCUCAGUUUGUUCUCUGUCAUAAGAGUCUCAUGGCUUGUUUCCCCUCUCCCUUUUUUUCUUUUCCACCUUCCCAUAUGUUUAUCUGUUAAGAGUGAGAUUGUACGGUAUUUGUCUUUCUCUGACUUAUUUCCCUUAGCAUAAUACACUUUAGCUCUACCCAUGUUAUUGCAGAUGGCAAGAUUUCAUUCUUUUUGAUGGCUGAAGAUCAUAUUAAUUUCUGAGACACCAACUUUAAGAGUCUUCUGGGGAAAAUGACCAGAAAAUCAUGUGUUUGCUUUGGUUGGUAAAUUAUGGUAAUGGCACGUGUGCUGGAUCCCGAGUCAUAUGGAAGUGCUUUGAGCGCACGUUGCUGCUGAGAAGGUGCCCCUGAGGGUAUGCAUGCUGAGCCAAGUGAAGACAAAGCAGAGGGCCUGGCAUGUCCCCCCUGAGGCUUAUACAAACGUGGAAUUCCUGUGAAGGCUCUGGUUUUACCUUGAACACAUGUGCACAGUUUGCGUUCUACACCAUGAUAUAUGCAUGUAUUUGUUUUAAUAUCAAAAUUCCCACAGAUCUUUUGAGGGCAAAUUGAUGCUCUGUGUAUUCUAUAACCUCUUGUACUCCUCCCCUCAGGGGAUGGCUUAUAUUCCUUAAGAUUUUCCUUUUUUGUUUUCCCCUCAUCAUUACCUU